CGCAACUUUCAACCUUCAACCUUCAACUUUCAAGCUUCAGGAUACAAUUCUUCUUUUGAUCUUGAGCUUCGUCGACAAUCGCUUUCUUUUUUCCUCGAGCUCUCAAACGACCGGUACUCGGCUUGUCCCCGCUCAGAGAACUGCCAAGCGCCAACUACCCCCAUUCCUCGAUUCACCACCUCGACGACGACGAAGCGCUGCAGCCAGAAGAGCGGUCUGUCUGCGUUUGCAGAUAGCAUCGUGGGUAUCCAAAGCCCACGGGACAGUCUCGAUUGACUUGGCAUAAUAUUGGGCCCCAUCUGCCAACAUUCCUCGUAUAACCUCACCGCUCUCCAACCCCGCCUUCACCAUCAUGCCUCCUCUACAAAACAACAACCCGCCUCGACAAGAUACCAUGGCCCAAAGCAACCGGUCAAAAAAUGCAGAAUCUAUGGCACAAUCAUCAGGAGUUCCUCCGCGGCUGCGCAGUGAAGAAUCCUGGGUCGAGAUAGCCUCGCAACCAUCAUCCUCCUCCCUCUCCUCCAUCGGCGACGAGAUUGUGAUUACUGGUCUUCGAGUACAGCAGGAUUCCAAUGUGCGAAGGCGGCGGCGGGUCCAAGCAGGAGCUCCUCAAACCAGCCUCCACCCACGACAGAAUACAAGCAGCCAGGAAGAAUACGAAGAGAGCGAGAGCGAGGACGACCAAGUGAUGACCAGCUCCAACGAACACGUUAUCCCAAUCCCGACCACGCGAUUAUCUACAGUUUCGAGGACAGAAUACGAUGCUGGAUCCGAUUCAGAUGACGAUGACGAAAAUGCCACAGCCUUGGGAAAGAGAACAGAUGCUGGAGAGCCGGCUUUUACACCCCAACCGAACGCGUUCUCACACCCUCCGCCAUCCCACCGAUCCUCUCUCCCCAGUUCCUACUUCCCUCCGCAUGCCGGCUCGAGCACGAGACCACCAUACCCAUCCCGAAACGUAUCACGACAACGCUCCUCCUACAACCCACAAGCAGACCACGAUGCAGCGCUCCGAGCUUCUCUUACAACACUGCUAUCGAUUGGGGCAGCUGCCGCGAGGGGUCUGCCGAAACGAGGUCAGCAACCUACUACAAUGGGCAAUGAGCCGAUGGGUCUAAGAUUUGUGCCCGAAUCAGAAUUAAUGGCUCCCACGACCCCAACAGCGAACACAAGCAGGCACAUGAGUCCCUCUACCCGUGCUCGCAGCAGCCCCUCGAUAUCAAGCCAAGAAGCAGUCGAGAAGGGUAAACGAAAGGCCGCCGCCUCCAAACCAGGAGAGAAGACCCGAGCAUUGAAGAAGAAGCGUAUGCAAGCGGUAGAGGAGGAGGCCUUGAUUUCUCCCACAUUGUUGACGUGGGUUGUGUCUGCCGGUGUCGUGGUUCUGGUCUCUGUGGUGGGCUUUGGAGCGGGAUAUGUUAUUGGACGCGAAGUUGGCAGGCAGGAAGUGUUAGGUGGGCUGAAUGGCUCGACGAUCAUUGAUGGCGGUUCCUGUGGUCGUGAAGUAGCACGAAGUACAGGCAGUCUACGACGAUUCAAGUGGGGUAUGGGGGGAGCUGCGAAGGCGAUUGUUGCGUGAUGCAACUGCUCUCGAAAUCGGAUUUGAAUUAUGUGCUCCUCGAUAUCAGUUGAGCGGGAUUGGGUGAAAGGGUGAAUAAUGAGCAUUGAUGGUAUUAUGGAUCAUGAAUCAAUGAGGAGUGGCAGGCUUUUGAAUUC